AUGAGCGAAGCAGGACGUCGCAGGUCAGUUUCAACUAGGGAUAGAUCAUUACAGAGUGGAUUAGACAUAGAAAGCGAGUAUACCGGAAUAUUGCGCCGUAUAGAUGAAUAUCUUGAACGUGAAGAGAGGAAAGACGAAGAAAGGCGUACAAUUGAAAGUAUACUUAAAAUGAGUGAAGCAAGACUAAUUCGUCAUAACAUAACUCGGAGUCUGCUUGGUGAAGCUACCACAAAGGACCUCAAGGAAUGCCUUGACGAAAUGAUAAAGCGAUGUGAACCUGAACAAGUACCUAAACUGAAUAAAGUUCUGGACGAAAUAUCUGGAAUGAUCAGCGAAACGUCAAAGGUAAAGGGAGAUUUUAGCUAUUGGCGAGGGCUCUGGGCGAAACAAAAAGCGAAGAACGGAUCAGAUAGAACAGCAACUGAGAAGCUAGUCCGUGAGAUGAAAGAGAAGUUCAAAGAAUACAGUCAGGAGAGAAUUUAA